AUGAAGUGGGAGAACAAUGUCAACGGAAGCUUUUGGAAAUUGAGGUUCGAACAGCUGAGUUCACGAAAAUCCUUGAAACGAAAUAAGGUUGCGCACGGUCAAGGUGGACUGAGGCAAUGCACCACCAGUGACUUGACGGCUGUCGGGUCGCUUCCUUCUACUGCUGUUCGAUCCAAGAAAGAAGAAGAAGAAAUCUUUCUGGACAAAAUCCCUCUGCCUGUCAUGAUUCUGCUACUUACUCAAUUCAAUACCAACGAUUUUGAAGCUCUCUUUCAAACCAAAUGUCGUCCGGUCCUUGUGGAUGGUAAACAAUCAUCAUCACAUGUGACGGAACUACUCAUGUUUCACUGGGAUGUAGAUGGCACGAAAUCGGACAACAUUUGGGACGAUCGAUGGAUGAACAACAAGGAGAACCCUCUUCUAUCAACAACGGCAGUCCAAGCAUUAUUCACAAUUGGAUGCUUGGCGUUUGAUUAUUUGGUGUCCAGCAAGUGUCUAUCUGGGAAAACGGAGGACUAUCAUUUUGUUCCAGGGAUUGAAAAGACUAUCAAUGUCCAAAAUCAUCCCGAAAUCUAUUGGAUGGCAAGAGACAACAACAACAAUAAGAACGACGCUUCCACCGUAGGUCGGGACAUAUUUUCCAUCAUACUGCCACUCCAUGUGGAAGGAUCCUUGUUACGUCUCAUUUGCCUAGAAACAGGAGAACAACGUUUUAUCUAUAUACCCUUUGGAAAGUUUGUCGUUGUUAACAGUUCUCGAUAUGCCUGCGGACAUGGGUAUGGGCAAUCACCUGGCAAUCGAUGCAUUCUAGGUCUCAUCAUUCCAAAAGAACCUAUUGAGUGGCGCUGCAUAUUGAUGGGCCAUCACAUUGACACUAUACCUACUGAAAGUCCACAGGAAGUUUGGGAGAAAACAGCAAAGCGAGUUGACAAAUGCUCUUCCAAGAAGUACGCUCGAGCUAUGGACUUUCCGGGAUGUGCUCUGCUUGACAACUUGCGGUGA